UACAUUUCCAAUAUGGCGGCUUUAUGGAGAAGUUAUGUUCAUUUGUUAGAAACUCAUCCAUUUAAAGUGCAAGUGGCGAGUGCUGGAAUUCUCAUGGGUAUUGGCGACAUUGUUUCACAACAGUUUGUUGAACGUCGUGGUUAUCGCCAUGAUAUCAGACGAACAGUUGGCAUGGCUUCUAUUGGGAUAUUUGUAGUCGGUCCUGCUAUGCGUUAUUGGUACAUAUUGUUGGACAGAACUAUCCGGGGAAGUAGACCCUUUGACGCAAUGAAGAAAGUUCUCUUGGAUCAAACCAUCUUUGCCCCAAGCAUUAUUGCAACAUUCUUUUGUACAACGGGGGUGUUGUUUGGCAAAUCUCCAGCUGAGAUCAAAUUAAAGUUCAAAAAUCAAUACUUGCGAACCUUGCUAACGAAUUAUUAUGUGUGGCCUGCGAUACAAAUUGUUAAUUUUAAUUUUGUUCCUCUCCAGCAUCGUGUUUUUGUUGUCAAUUUUGUUGCCAUAUUUUGGAAUACUUAUUUAUCAUGGGCAGCCAAUAAAGAAGAACCAGCCGAUGUGGUAGAAACUGACAAAUAAGUUACUAAAAGCAUGAAAAUACAAAUAAAAAAACUUAAAGUUUCAAAUUUCCAAAUAAUUAAACCUGAGGUAGAAAGAAAUACAGAUGGAAUUUAAUUAUAGUAAAUAAACUUCAUUUCAUGAAAUUUGUUGGUUAACACAUCAUUUAUAAAAUGUUAAUAUGGUAAUCUGAAAUCAAUACCUAACUUCUUGUAUUUUGGUAAUAAAAUUAUGUUAUACCGCCA